UAUAGUUAAAUACUCGACGCAACAUAUGAAAAUGUUGCAUGUAUAUAUAUAUAUAGUUUUAGACUGUACAUAUAUAUAUCUUGAUCAACUAAACAAGAUGAUGUUGCACCACCCUUUUACUCACAUCACCACCACACACACUCCACUUAGCUUCCCCGCCGUCGUUACUGCCUAUCAGCCGCCAGCACUGUGGAGGAGAUGUCGUCGUCUUGCUUCUGAUAACAGUAGGGGUGCCAAAGGGAUGAUUGGGUUUCACGAAAUGGAACUACAAGUUCGAGAGCACGAGUUGAAUCGGUUUGGAGUUGUGAAUAAUGCCGUUUACGCUAAUUACUGUGAGCUUGGUAUGUAUCAGAUCUCCUACAUGGUUGGUUUAAACGAUGAUCACAUAGUAUUAGCACUCUCUGAAGCGUCGUACAAGUACAUCGCACCUUUAAGGAAGAAAGAUAAGUUCUUGUUGAAAGGGAGGAUGUAUGACUACUCUGCUACCCGGAUGUAUUUUGAAUACUUUAUCUUAAAGCUUCCAAAUCAUGAGCCCAUUCUCGAGAGUAAAGCCACUGGGGUUGUGCUUGAUAAGAAUUUGCGUCCAGUUCGUAUUCCUCCACUAAUCGCAUCUAGAAUCGAUCAGUUCUGACUCAAGGGAAACAAAAGAGAUAAUUAUUCUAAACUUGUUGUAGAUUCUUGUUUAUGAUUUUCUAUAUAUAAAGUUGAACAGUCAAUGGAAUCAUAUACUAUCUUUAUCUUUAUAUAUAUAAAAAGCAAAGUAAAUGUAAAUAAUUUCAAUUGCAAGGAUAUAAUUGAAAUUG